AUGCCCGCACCGGCCCAUUAUCUGCUCGCCAUAUUUCCGGGCUACCAGUUACUAGAUCUUGCUGGGCCACUGGACAUCCUGAACAUACUUUCUCUGGUCAAGGCCGAUCUUCCGUUGACCUUGACCAUCAUCGCGGAAAGCCUAGAACCCGUUCCUUCAAAGCCGAUCCCUCCUUCCUCCGCCAAUUGGACAUUCGACCUGCAAGCUCAAUUUCCAGAGACAAAUGGCAAGGUAAACACGAAUUUCAACCAGUAUCUGCUUCCCGACGUUACCUUUGACCAAUACAUCAGCUCCUUGGACGAUCCCAGCACCAACAAAAAGGACGGCCAUUUCAGCCCUGUUGAUGUCUUACUCAUCCCGGGUGGACUGGGCACGCGACUUAAUCGCGUAAGCUCGGAUGGACAGACUGUCUCCAAUAUUCGAGCCUUAUUGGACUUUAUCCCAAAAGUUGCACCUCAUAUUGCCCACGCGAUCAUCACGGUGUGCACUGGUUCAGAUGCACUGGCUCAAACAGGUCUACUUGACAACAGGCGAGCAACGACAAACAUCUCCCGCUUUCAGGAUGUUGAAGGCCGAAACCCAAAUGUAAAAUGGCAGUCUUGGGCACGCUGGGUUCGCAGCAUACCUGAAUCCACAGACCGUGCCAAUAUUGAGAUGUGGACGUCCGCGGGUAUCAGUGCUGGAAUGGAUGUUACUUUGGCCUUCAUUGCUCACCAUUAUGGUGGACUGGAACUAUCCAGAGAUUUGGCGAAAAGGCUGGAGUAUGAUUGGAGAGAAAUCCCAGAGGGCAAGAAGGACCCUCUCUACGAGAAACAUUGGGCUGCUUGA